AUGGCGCUUUUCUGUCGAAAACGCUUGGCUGCUCUGGACCUGGACACCAGCGAUUCAUUCGACUGCUACGAUGCGAUGGGGCACGGCCUCUACCAGCAGCGCCUGUUUUCUCUCUCUUUCGCCUUCUCGCUGUAUGUUCACUGCAGCAUACUGGUCUUCUACCUCAUAUCGAGUGACGUGGACCACUGGUGCCGACCGCCGGCCGACUGGCCUCUGUCUGUCGCCGAAUGGAGGAACUCGGCCAUCCCUCUGGCAGCUGAUGGCAGGCCCAGCCGGUGCACUGUCUACAAGUAUCCGGGUGACCCGAACGACACCGACGUUACAACUUGCGGCCACUGGGACUACGAUCCGAAGAACAAGAAAAGGACGGUCGUGAGCACCUGGAACCUGGUCUGCAAACGGCGAUUUCUCGUCGCGGUCAUACAGGUCGUGCAGCUCGCGGGUUUCAUCUUGCUGCCCAGCAUUGGCGGCUACAUGAUGGACCGCGUCGGCCGCCGGCCAAUACUCCUGCUGUCCUCCGCCGCGUUCAUUAUCAGCACUUGCGGAGGUUGCUUUGCCAACACGUUCGCCCUGUACGUGACCAUUAGGUUCUUUAACAGCGCCUGCGUUGGCACGGGCGCCCUAGCGUCCUUCAUACUGGCGUUCGAGACAACCAGACACGAAUACCGAACAUCGUAUGGCGUUACGGUCACCCUGUUGGCCCUCAUGAUCAGUGAGCUGUGGUACAACGUGGUCAACGAAUUCAAUCUGGAAUGGUUCCUGCUUCAAGCGGUGUUCCUUUCACCCACGGCCUUGGCAUUCCUCACUUUCUGGUUUGCCGACGAGUCUCCACGAUGGCUCAUCUUCGCCAGAAACAUGGCCUCGGCGGAAGCGGUGAUGCUCGCGGCCGCGAAAAUGAACAACGUACCGCUGCCCAUCACCUCCUGCCUGUUGAACGCCGUAAAGGCUGAGGUGCUAAAGGCCGAUGAGCGUGCCGGGACGUCGCCCGUGCCUACCGAGAACUCGUGGGCGAACUACAUACCCACUCGAGCACUCUUCAUGUUCGGCGCGUACUUCUCCGUCACGUUCACCUACCUCGUGCUGCUCCAGUCGUCUGUGCAGCAGAGUACGCAGACGUGGACCCGCUGGUUGUCGCUACCCAGCAACAUGCUGACAACUCUGUUCGCGUACAAGUUCAUAGGCCGGGUACCUCCUUUGGAGUUACUCAUAUGGUGCUUCGCCAUUCUCGGCAGCCUCGUAUGCCUGCUCAGCCUGACCUUGGGAGAUCCUACGGGUGUCCUCGCGCAGGUGUUCUACAUCCCAGCCAAGGCCAUCGCGCUUGCCAUGACCGUCCUGGCUGGCAUAUGCGUGUGCGAGGUGUUCCCGACACCUGUGCGCGCGACGGCGCUGAGCUGGUCGUUCGCCGUCGGCCGAAUGGGAGGCGUGUGCGGGACAAUCGCGGCGGGGUUGAAGGUCGUCGGUCGUGAGGACCUCGCCCUGGCCAUUUCUGCGAGUAUGAUGUUCCUCUCGCUGGCGGCGCUCAUUCGAAUGCCUGGCAAAAACACGGGUCCUACUAUCAACAUACGCCGGAUAUCCGCCUCGUGCAGCCAAAGCCUGGACCACAUGAAGAUGACGCUGGAGCCACUGGAUUACCGGAAGCCUGAGAAAAGGCGAUAUAGUCACGAGCGGAAAAAGUCCCACUCUUCGAGCUUGUCCCGAAGGCGCCAUUCCUUUUGGGAUGCAUAG